AUGGAACUUGAAAAUACUUUUAGAAACAUAAAAAAGAAUCUACCACAACCUCUAAAAGGGAAUGGUGGAGGCGGUGGCGGUGGUGCUCGUAAGUUGUCGGCCGAAACAUGGUCCGAUCCUGGAGCCAUGGCUGCCUUCAUGGUCUGGAUUGUGGCGCGUACUUUAGCAGGUAGAAUCCGUGGUGGUGUUUCUCCAGUGGAAAUUAUGGGAGUUGACACGGGUGUUGAUGUGCGAAAGUUGGUGUAG